AUGGACACACCAGUUAACGAUCUUCAAGCUGUCUCCAGUGACUCAGAGGUAGAAAUUGCAAAUGCAGCAUUGAACCUAACUGCUGAUGUUCCCUGCCACGAUGACACAGACUCUGAUUAUCACAGUGAAAGUGAUGUUGAUGAUAACAUCUUUUUCUGAAAUCUUGUUAUAUGCCUUUGAACUUGUUUGAUAGAAAUUGAAAUUAAUGCAUGUAGAGAAUUUUGAUUAAAGACAGAAAAUAGGUAUUUUUGAACUGAUUUUAAUGUCUGGCUAAUAAAUGUUACUCAAAUAUGCCCAAGAAUGCUGAAAAACACGUCUCGGAGUGUUUCAAAUUUCAAUUUUUUCUGCAGCAGCAUGCCCCCGGAACUCCACAGCGGGACUGUUUCUCACUAUUAUAUUUUGGUAAUUGGCAAAUGUAUUGAUUAUAUGUCGCUUUCCAGACAUAGUGUGUGGUUUUCUUUUUCUUGUAAACAAUCUUCCUCUGCGGAGUUUGGAAUAUGAAACAUAUAGCAUUAGCUGAAUAUUGCUAAUACGAAUUGGAACCACUGAAGAAGAGUUGAACUAUUUCUGCUGAAAACCUAAGGAAAGUUAAGUUCACUUCAAGGUACAGGGCUUUCAGAAAUAGUUGUAAUUUUUCAAUUAGGAUUUGAAUUCAAAGUCAGUUGAAUGAUCGUAAUAAACAAAGUGAAAUGCUAAAAAGUGUGAACCUGUUUAAUCAGGUAGUAUUAUUUCCCCCGACAAUUUGAUAAUUUCUUCAUUACACAAGUAAUUUGUCUUGGUACACAAGUUCCAAGUAAGACAUCUUGUUUUCUUACUGGUUUACCUGCAUCUUCAACGCAAAUGUAUGUAAAUAAAUGGAAUCCAAAUAAAAUGUUUCAAUUUCUAGGGGGGAAAGAUUGAAAGGGAGAAGAAGAAUGACAGGUUAAAAAUAGAUUACUUGCUCACAAGACAGCUGCCUUCUUGCUAGAUCAAGGGCAGUUAGUGUGGACUAUGAGUUUGCACAGCCUCCUGUAGUGGAAACAGAGGACUAUAGAACAAAAAGAGAGUAGUGGAACAAGACAAGAAAAACAAAACAAAGAGAAGAGUUGUUGGAUAUCUACCACCACCUCCACCAGCAGGGUUAAGUCAGCAAGGAGAUAAAGCAUACAGUGCUAUCUGUGCUUUUGAGGUGAAGCAGAUGACUUAUGCAUUAAGUUUUUGUGAGGUCUGCAAGGCAGGGAGACAGGAGUAAAAAGGCACAAGAACAAAGUGCACUUGCUGCAGAAGAGAUAAGAAGGUACCAAAAGUUUGGUCAAACAAGAACAACAUGGACCCAAUGCCUGUUCCUGAUAUUUUCCCUUCACUCUCAGAUGUUGAACAGAUGCAGGGUUAGCACCAACAGUGCAUGUACACUUGCUUAAGCAUAGAGAUAUCACUUCAAAUAGCCACUGCAUGUCUACAAGCAAGGUGGAUGGCAUACAUGUGAGCAGACAAGGAAAAGCUGAUACCCAUAAGGACUUCAGGGUAAAAAGAUACAUUCUGCGUUGAAGGAGACAUUCAUGGGCUAAAGAACAGAAAUCCGGCCUUCGAGUAUGAUGACGUUGUUAUUGAUGGCGCUCACAUAGGAAGUUUAUCAGACAAUGCUGAGUUACCAAAUUUGAUAAUGCAACUGCAUCAAAACCAGUUGACAAUAAACUCGGGUAAACAAUACUGACGGCAAGGAUGGAUAAUGAAAGUGUUGUCAAGAUCGCUGUAACAUCGAUCAUAAUUCUGUCUGAAGCCACCAAGCGAGCUACGAUUUUGCAAGUAAUAAAUUCUAGACAUUCUUAGCUUUUUGACCGUAAAUCAACAGAAUCAAGAAACCAAUACUGGCUGGGGCACCUAGACAAUACUUUCAGUCACCCGAGGCCAAGUCUUGCACCGUUAGAUCUAGAGCACAGCCUUGAGUCUUCAUCCUCCUCUACGCUGUAAGCUUAGCUUUUCCUUCUUUGCUGAUGCAGUAUCUUUUUUCUCCCUGUGCAAUCCAACCUGACUUGCACUUGAUUAGAAGUUGCAGCCAAUAAACAUCACACAAUUUUUCGGGACGGGCACGGGAUACGGGAAAGUUAAAAAAACGAGGCAAUUUUUUACUCCCAAGACAACAAAAGGAAUGCGGUCCCGAAUUUAAGACGCUGGCUGACUAUGUCAUUCCGCGUAAAAAGUUCUGGGCGUGUAAGAAGGUAUGGCAUUUUCAAAUGAAAUGAGAAGCUCUGGGUGUUGGUCAAUGGUCACAUUUUUGCAAACAGUGAUCAAGUUGGUGGAUCGACUUCGACCCCCACGAAUCCAACAUUUUCGAUCUCACUGGCGAUUUGCAUAGAGGCCGUUUGAGUUUGUUUUGCUGACCUCCUCCAGACAGAUCUGGAUAAAGUAAAGGAAUCCUGGAACAGUCACUGGAUCAGAACGUCCAGGAAUGCCACAGUAUCCAGUAUCCUGGAUAUGAUGUACUUCCUACCUAAGGAGUUUGGACAGAAUAACUGCUUGAUUCCAGUGUCCUCAAACAAGCUCAUAGAUAUGGAGAUAUAUAUAUAUUGGUCAAGAGAAAACUGACCCAGGUUUUGCCGAGUGUGUUCAAUGCGUCAAAGAAAACAAUGAUUUAACUUGUCCAAGGACCAUCCUUGAAGAGGGUACUCUUUUUGAGAAACCAAUAACAUUUGCUAUGGGCCAUUUGUUGAUUGGUUGAGCUACUACUAGGCUAUAUGUUAUAGCCCACUAGUAGCAAAAAGAGCAGGCUUUUUGGCGGCAAAAAAGGAUUAAGGUCUAGCUUUAACUAGCUAAAAGUUUUUUUAUUCUCAAUAUUUUGACCAAUUAGUUGGAUUUUCCUUGAACAAUUAUUCCUCUCACCCUCAUGGCCUCUGAGUCAACAACCCAUUCGGCCGGCUAUUGACUCAGAGCCCAUUCGGGCUCGAAGAAUAAUUGUUAAAUAUUCAUUAGACUUUGUGCAUAGUAUAUAAGCAUGUGUUAAUUAUUGAUAGUUGUCAGUUAGUCUAACUUUGGAAAGAUUCGCUUUGGCCAUGAAUGCACGUCUGUCCCAGCCGAAUGCUGCUGCAGUUCAGGAACUUUUGCAGCCUUUUGAAACUUCUACUCGAUGAGAAAGCCUGUAUUACCAGUAGAGGCAUCCGGGAGUGGUUAAACUUCUUCUGAGGGUAAUGUCACAAGCUCAAAAGAACAGAAUAAGGCGGAGAACCUUGAGGUAGUGUUUCAGUUUCUGUUUACUUCAGUUGACGUACAGGUUGGCAGUUGUCAUUUAUUUCAACAUGGCAGGUUAUUUUCUCUUUACUAAAAAAAGAGACACGGAAAAGAAAGGUUUUUUAACUAAACAGCUACAUGGGACUCCACCCUCACUGAUGGAACUAAUGUCACAUUUAUUGGAUAAAAAAGUUACCAUGGUAAAGGUCCCCCGAGGCGGCUAAAAUAUAAGGGAAAGUUACUUUUUUACGACUUUCAAAACAGAAGUGAUUCAGAUAACUAUUGAGGUGGCACUUAUAAUCAGAAAAGGUAUAAUUAUGAUAGAAAUAUUAUUAUUUGCUUGAUAGACUCAGGAUAACAAAAACAUUAUUCAAUAUGGGUUUUUCAGGAAACUAGGAAUAAUUGUGACACCUUUUCAGAACAUCCAGUUUCACCUCAAGCAAUUUUCCCAGUCAUUUUCAUAAUUGUGUGGAAGUGCGAAGAGACAUUUGGAGUGUUCCUCUUUUUUUGGUUAAAAAGAAGCAAACAUCCAAGAAAACUUGCUAAAGCCCUUACUAUUCUUAAACAAGAAUAAAAAGUUACGAAUUCAAAUGUUGCACCACAUUGCACCCACAACUGCAACACAGAGCUGGACGAAGAUGAAGAUAUUUUGUAAGAGACCAAAAGUGAACCUUAUUUGGUCUGGUCUUCGGUGACCAUGUACUAAGAUAUUGCGGACGCUCUUUCCCAGGAAGCACAUGUUUGUAAUGGAGUUGCACUGUAAUCGUUUCGUCAGGACAAGUUUCCCUUGCCAUUAGAAGGCACAAUGACUUGCAAGUAUACAGCAUUUUCGGUUUAUUCAGUCAAUAUCACCUUUGUAAUAGUUAUGUGUACAAGUUAUGUGCAGUUCGGAAGCAAACCAGAAAGUAAACACCUGAUUAAAGGUUAUGGUUUCAAGUAGCUAUUACUAGAUGCUACAUAUUUACUAUUCAAAUCCAGGACCUUAUAUGGAUGAGUUUCUUGCGGACAAUGAACGCUUAUCAGAGUACAACAGACGACUAGCAUAAAAAGGAAAGGAGUAACCAGGAGUUGCAAAACUACUUUAACAUGCUCCUUGAACCCAACACUUGCAAAGUUUCACUGGAUUCUCACUCCUGAUUUAUCAACCUGAAAAUUGCCAACCACUGUAACCAAAAUUACACUCUCAAUCAACGAUACAUAAUUUCAUAUCAACUAUCAUAUUCUUUUUGAUUCCGAGAGUCCUCAUGCAGCAUUUGUGCUCAAGUUCACCUUUAUAAUCCCAGAGAAUGCCUUUGCUGAUACAGAAUUGAAAAGUGUGUCAAAUCACUUCAGAGUGCAGCUGUUUUGAAAAAGCUGGAAAUAACUCCUGAAUGCAUAACAGCUUUCAGGGUCAUUUACCUUGACAGCUGGUCUCUUCAAUCAGCUGAAACUAAAUACAAAGGGAGAGAUUGAAGAAAGUACUGUCAGCCUGAAACAGAGAAAAGGUGAGAUACAGCUAUCUACAUUAUUAUAACUGCACACUACUCACAUAACCAGUAGUUUCUAAUUUGUGAUGCUGAUGUUUUCAGCUGGUAAGAUGUUAGAAGAAAGGGGUUGGGAAACAGGUACGUCAGAAGCAUUUGGUUCCUGUUGGCAGAAAGCAGUAAGAAACUGAAGAGGGUAGGGGUAAAGAAAAUUUUACAUGUAUACAGCCUGUUUUGCUCCACAACAGAUAAGGGUAACAUUGGAGCUGAAAUGCAUCUGGAACCCAACAUUUGGUAAAAAUAAUUAUAAUGCCGUGUUCUAGAUAAGAGACAGGUCACGGGUCAAUGACCCGAUAAAGAAGGCUUCCUGAGCCAACAGACGAAAUAUCAAUGUCAAGUUAAAUAUAACAAAUUUAAAAAAAUUAGAAAACGAAAGACACAAGUUUUUUGCUAAAUAUAACAAACAGACUAGAAAAAGAAAGACGGAAAUUUGUAGGCUACAAGAGUAUGUUUUUCAUCUCUGAAAGUGACAAUUGAUUACAGAGAUUAACAAAAUUUGACAGAAAGUGACCCCAAUCAGAGAAGGUCAAAGACUGCGGACAUUUAUUGUAUACUGUUUAUACUGUUGAUUCAUGUUAAUCUUUUGCAAAGCUAGGAAUUUGGACAGUAAUAGGACUAGUACGUUUAUUUCCAUUUUUAAUCUGUUUUUUAACACGCCUUUUACUGGUAACUCCUGGCUUUUGUGAUAAUUUUCGGUGCAAAUUAAAACCAAACAUUUUUUUUGCUGGCAUGACCCAGAUGACAGUGGGCUGAACUUGGAUUUUUCUGACUAAGCAAAAAAAAUUAAUUGUGACAUAAUUUGUUUGUUUGCCAACAGUGUUUUCAGCGGUUGACCAAGUUUAACACAGAAGAGAACAAACUUCAAGACGAGAAUUGCGGAGUGUCUAAAAAUAGAGAACAUCCAAGGGAAAAAAGAAGGCUUCUUAUCCCAGAUUUGUCAAAUCGUUUAACAACCUUUGCUUUGAGUUAUAGAGAAGGAAUGUGACUAAGGAUAACCAGGAUCAAGAUUAACACUGGGUCAACCACCACAUGGUUGAAACCCAAGUGUCUGGUCACUCCCUUCAUACCACAAGACCCAAUCCCAAGGAUAUCGUUAACAUCCAAAACACCAGAUUUCUGUAAAGUAUUAUUGUUUGGACUACAUAACUUCAACGUCAAAAAUUUUGAAGAGUUGAAACUAUAGCAGGAUGCCUGCAUAUUCCACACAUUUACAUAAGGGAGAUAUCCCAGAAGUCUAAAAAGUUAUACAAUUUAACAUUUAAUGUCAACUUUUUUUUAAGUAAACGUAGAGCAAUAAGGGGACAAUAAAGUUGUGUAAUCUUUCAUAGAUCAUAAAAAAUAAUUUCAUUUACUUUUAUUGAUUGGCAUUUUAAAUCAUUUUCCCAGUAGUGAUAUGAACCUGUGCUAGAGUGGGUUUUGAUAAUUGCAAGUAAACUGAGUAUAAUAGCAUGAACUUUUAUAUGGUGAGCAUUGUUAUUGUUUUAUUUUUAUUCUAUUUUUCAGUUGAUCCAAUCCAGGUUUACAAACUGUGCAGUGAAACAGGAGAAGUUUUUUGGGUCAUAUAUGUCAAUUCAGCAUACAGAACAGACAGGAACUUUUUAUAAGUUGUGCCGAAGUUUACAGUUACAUUUGUACAGUGGAUUGCAACUGCCAUAAACAUCUUAAAGUUUUUAGAAAACAGGGAAAUCAUCAAGGAUUGUUCUUCCUCCCAGCAUCAAAAAACCCUCAGAACAAGACAGUUCUAACCUGGUAGACAGAAUCCUUACCACAGAACUUCAGUUCAUUUUUGGAAAUUUACAUAAACAUAUGUAUGGUAAUCACAGACCUUAUACUUCUACUAGUUGUUAAUUACUUUUGUCCUCGUCAGUCCAACAUUUCGCUCAAAUAAAAAAAAAUACACAAUUGACAACCUGAAAUUUCAAGAGCAUGCUUAUUUAGGUUUAAUCAGUCAAUGGGUUUUUUUACUAUGUGACUAAAAAGUAUAUUUUAUUUCUUUUAUUUUUCUUUUAAUAAAUAACUUUAUCAAUACACUGUUCAAAGAUAUAGUUACACCUUGCUUUUCAAGUGAAAUCAAAAAUGCCCACCAUAUAUCCCACAGCAUUAAUAACCCAUCUGUUGACAAAUGAAAAGACAGAGAUGGAAGUGUAAAGCCUAAAGAAAGCACCAGAAAGAUAGCUCUGGACAAAGGGAAAGUUUAUUUUAAUAUAACUACUUUAUCGCUUAAAGUAAGCAGGACCUCAAUGAACCAGAACUGCCCAGAAAAAUUGAAGAAAUUUCUAAAAGCUUCCACACAGCCAGCAGCUAAUUCUAGCUGAUUGAUCCACCAGUAACAUACUAACUGUAAUGAUCCUUUUUUAUUUAAUGAAAGAUGAUUUUUGGACAACUUGAUCAUAAACUCCAGAAAACGCUGUUAAAUUACAUACAAAAAACUUACACCACUAUGUGCCUGCAAACUCAGCCAAGUACCUCCCGGUGGUAUUCUUCAAAGGGAACGAUUGAUUUGUGGAAAGAAAUGUUAGGUAAAAAAGCAUGGUAAGAGGAAAAGAAAAUGUUACCAAACCAAUCCAGUUAAUUUGGCUGGCUAUUGUUUUAUUGUGUUGGCGGUUCAUGGUUAUUUUUUUCUCCCAGGCCUUAAAUUUCACCUGCCAUCUGCGGCCUUGUGGGAUUUCCGCAAUUUGCAAAAACAUGCCACAUAAAAUUUACUUUGCCGCUUCAAAUGGGGGCACAAAAAAAUACACCCAAGGAUAAGUACUGAUUUCAGUAACCAGAAUUUUAACAAAAACAACCCUAAGGAACAGGUUAGGGGAGGAAUCAUUGGCCAAUUUGAUGAAAAUUUCAAUUGAAGGACCUCCCUUGUCCAAAUUCGAUUUUCAUGAGGCCUGUCAGGUAUGGCAUACAAAAAAGAACAGUAGGGAAGAAAAGCGACGAUUAAUAUAGUCAGAAACUUUUUUCCCUGAAAAAAAACUAAAAAGAAACUUUGUUUUUCAAGGUGAGAUGGGUAAGUUCUGGCACCAAGUUUCUAUCUGCUCGUUGGCAUGCCUGUUUUGAAAACGUAUGGACCCUUUUAUGAAUGUGGAAUUUCAACGACAAUUAUUUUGUUGAAAUAUUUGACAUGUUUGUCUAUCUCCUUGAACAAAAACACAGCGGCUCAAUAUACAUCAGCCUUGUCACUGUAAAAAAAACAGUAAAAAGGUAGGUAAAAUUUUAUGUAUUUUUAUAUAGCAGUUGAAGUUUUUAUCACAAAACAGUAAUGACAAUAUUGACUUUUGAUUUAGCAAUAAUAUACAUCACGUCACUGUAAACAUAGUUUUUUAUCACAAAACAGUAAGACAAUAUUGCUUUGAUUUAGCAAUAUAGCAUACUUUGCACGUAUUUGCAGGAAAGUGGCAGUUAAUUACCUUUUCGGUGCAUUUUCUAUAAACAAACAAAUCUGACCAUUCAUCACAGACAUUUGUGCUUGGUCCAAGUCACAUGCUUCCCAGCUGUUUCAGUAUAGAAACAGAAAAUUACUAUAUCAAGGGAAAGAAAUAUCCUUUGACUUCUAUUGGCAUAGAGCUAUUUCAAAAAACGUUGGGGGAAGAAAAGCAAAAAGUCUUCAAGCCAAGACUGCAAGGUAUUGCAGGUCGUUUCAAAUCCACCUUUUGUUGGCAAACAAUCACUCCACUAAACUGGUUGCUGAUUUUUAUUCAUCUAUACUGAACCAUACUUGUCAUUUUAGUUUUUAAAAAAGCACAAAAUAAAAUUACAUUUCAGUCGACGUGCACCCUUGGUUUUUCCCAUCUUUGAAAGCAAUUUUGUUCAGCUAAUUAGCAAGGAAAAAUGACAUUAAAUUUUACAUUUUAUCAAUUUGCAUAACGUAGUCACGAAUUGGGCCAAAAAAAUAUCAUAAACUUUUCUUCCACAUAACGGUUUUUACUCAAGAAUAAUAAUUAUUAAUUAAAGCUCAUCAAAGUCUACUGCACGUAAUACUUUGCACCACACCAGCAUGUGCGAAUGUAUGGACAACCACAUCGCCUUUAUUCCACCUCGUUCAGUUUUUUAAAUGAUGGCGAUUCCCCUGGAAAUGAAUUCUAAAGGACUAGUUUUAAGUUAAGAAAAAAAAAAAGAAAAUUGUGGUCUGCUGUUCACUUCCCCUACAAAACAUGACACAUUUCAAGUCAUAGUCGGGCAACAACGACCAUGGACAAAAAAGUGUGAUGCACGUGCAAACUAAGUUGUUGUUUUGCUAAUUUAAACCUAUUGUUGUUCAUGGUCUCUUUUUUCACCAUUGUAUUUGGUUAAGCUCCCUACUGUUUCAAGGCCCUCCAAACACCUCUGUUUUAAAGAGCUGUCCAAAGUUUAGAAAUACUCUCACUUAUGGAAAGACGUUCCACACUGUUCUCAGGGACACACUUGAGUGGCCGCAAAACUCCUACAGGACCAACCUUGUCCCCAGGACGCUUUCCCUGGCUUUGCAGGUGGGGCGGGAAAAGGCCCUGGCAUCGGCUGGCCAAUCCGUCAUUUUGAUUGGUUGAUUGAUUUAGGUAAUUCAUGUAAGAGAAUGGCCAGUUGAAAAUAAUGUAUGCAUUAUGGCAAAAUCAAAAUAGCAGAAAGCAUGUCCACUUCAAUGAAGAUUUUUAGUAAAUAAUUAUUAAGUUGAAAUGUUACCAGCAAGAAAUCCAGUUUGCAAGCUAUGUGGUGGUUCUCAUGAGAGAUGCUAUGUGCUUCGAAUACUCAGCAAGGCUGGCUUAUUUAAGGAUCUGUAUUCAAAAGUAUAUAAAAACCUGUGGCAUUUCUGAGGACAAUACAAAGGGCAGCAGCGUUAUGUAGGGGUGGCGUUACAUUCGUAAACAAAAUGGAUCAGUUUAUUUGGAGAGCUCAAUCUGUAUGUUACACGAUGCAUAAUAUAAUAGUCAUGUGUUCAACUUUGACCGCCAUCUUCGCAUCAGCCAUCGAGGCGUCUAUCAAAGGAUAUGCCACCCAAAAGCUUCGAUGCGGAUGAUGCAAGAGCAUUUUCUUUGACCUGUUUUGAAGUGUAGGGCUUUUUAUUACGCUUCAAUAAGGGUUGUAACUUUCUCCAAAGCGACUUUUGGAUGUGGAUAACUAAGCAAUUUUCUUUAGUCCUUGAAUGCAAUGCUUCUACGCAAUUUUGUAUCACACUGGGCCCAACUUGUUAGUUUUCUUUGCAGGCAUGUUAAAUUAUCACGGAUAGUGAUUUACAGGUCCAAAAUUAUAAGAAUGAAGUGCAACUUAAACUGAAGCUACAUCAACUAUGGAUAAUUGCAUUGUCACUU